AUGCCUCCCGCAACGAACUCGGGCCGCGCCACCCCGCUUGAGGAUCGGCUCAAGUCACUCGCUCUGGACGAUGCACGGUCGACGCGUCAAGGCGAAAGUGGGCACAGUCUGCCAUCGUCCCCGCCGCGAUACGUUCCUCCUCAUCUUCGCAGUCCACAACGAAGCGAAGGACGAGUCAGUCCGUCAUCUCCCAAUGGAUCAGUGUCUCAACGGGUUUUCUCAGACCCCGGCGCCGGAAAGCACCACGGGAUAGGUAGCUCUGCAGCCAGGAGUGCUGAGCCAUGCUAUGAUACCACCAGUCAAGGGCUUCGUCCACGAGGCAAGGUCCCUGCACAUGUCGAGCAUACCAGCCGACAAACACUGGACGAUUUGCUCGCGCAACGAUCGGAUGUUGGCCCACGGAACUUUCAACUGGAGGCUCACCUAUUUUCUGCGAACAACAACACAGGCAUCAAUUUCGAGAAAUACGAUGAGAUUCCGGUGGAAGCAUCAGGCAACAACAUUCCGCCGCCCAUCCAAGACUUUCUGAGUUCGGAACUGGACGACCUCGCAAAGUUCAAUGUGAAGAUGACAGGGUACAAUCAUCCCACGCCAGUUCAAAAGCACUCGGUGGGAAUCGUCACAGCCGGACGAGAUUUGAUGGCUUGCGCGGAAACUGGAAGUGGUAAAACCGCCGCGUACUUACUUCCGACCAUAUCGCAGACGAUUCGGAAUGUCCCUCGUGCCCGUAACCAUGUCGGACAUGGUCGAAACCAAGUCGCUACGCCUUCGGCCCUGGUUCUAGCCCCUACUCGUGAGCUCGCUAUGCAGAUCUACGAAGAAGCCCGCAAAUUCUCUUACCGCUCUUGGGUGAGACCUUGCGUUUGUUACGGUGGCCAAUCGAUAAGCGAGCAGUUCCGCGACAUCGAACGUGGGUGCGAGCUACUGGUAGCCACCCCUGGACGCCUCGUAGACAUGAUCGACCGCGGGCGUAUCUCACUCAGUAACAUCCACUAUUUGAUUCUUGAUGAAGCUGAUCGCAUGCUGGAUAUGGGAUUCGGGCCUCAGAUUCGCAGGAUUGUGGAGCAGGGUGAUAUGCCGCGAAAGGGACGCCAAACGCUAAUGUUCUCAGCCACCUUCCCUCGCAAUAUUCAGAUGCUUGCUCGGGACUUUUUGCACGAUUACAUAUUUCUUACCGUCGGACGAGUCGGGCACACUUCAGAGAACAUCACACAGCGAAUCGAAUAUGUCGAAGAACCGGAUAAACGAUCGGUACUCUUGGAUAUACUUUACGCGGAUGGCGAAGCUGCGAAAUCACCCGGAACCGUUCAGUUGACGCUUGUAUUUGUCGAAACGAAACGCGGGGCCGAUCUCUUAUGUCGCUUCUUGCUCGAAAGGCAUUACCCUGCAACGUCCAUCCACGGCGAUCGCACACAACGAGAACGCGAGCAAGCCCUAGCAAUGUUUCGAUCAGGCCAUACUCCUAUCUUGGUCGCAACCGCUGUCGCCGCUAGAGGGCUCGAUAUCCCGAAUGUUAGUCAUGUCAUCAACUUCGACAUGCCAAACGAUAUCGAUGACUACGUCCAUAGAAUCGGUCGUACAGGUCGAGUGGGCAACACUGGGAAAGCCACCGCGUUCUUUGACCUUCAACGGGAUGGUGGUGUCUUGAAAGAUUUGCUCAACAUUCUCAGCGAGGCCCAUCAAGAGAUACCUAGCUGGCUCGAGCAAUGCCGAAAAGUUAUGGAGCAAGAAGCGUACCGUCAAAAGGCCAGCGGUCGCGGUGGGAAGCGCGGCGGGUCCAGCCAAUCUCGCGGUGGAGGAGCCCGCGGCGGCAACCGAUUCGGAGGAAACGUCGACUACCGCAAGGCGAAUGUAGCCGGUUUCAACAACCAUGUCACAGGCAACUUUGCACAUGGUCCUUCGGCCGGGUAUGAGCACUUCGGUCACGGUGGUGGUAUCCACCUGUACUCCACCCUCAGCAUGGGGUUGGUUGGCGUCCAACCUACCCGGAAAGCUUCAAUCAUUUCAAUGGCCAGCAUCCUCACAUGA